ACCACAGCAGGGGGUGGCCUUUUGGAUUUUCUCUGUGAACUUACCUGUUAAGUAAACAGGCUUCCCUCACCAGGGAAACCGCUCCCCGGGGCCCUCGCCAAAGAGAAGGGACUUCUCGGGCUCUCCGCUGUCGUGUCACUUCCCUCUUCCAGGCACAUCGUGCUGCUGCCCGGGGCCGGGCGGCUCCUGCCACGCAGGGUCCCCAGCGCAGAGCCUUCUCGAGAAUGCGAUGGAGCCCGGGGCCAGCUCCCCCGAGAAGCAGGACAAGGAGAGUUUAGUGGGCAUCAGCCACAAGCGACUGGGCGUGUGCGCCUGGCUCCUGGUUUUCCUCUCCUUCCUGCUGAUGAUUAUCACCUUCCCCAUCUCCAUCUGGAUGUGCCUGAAGAUCAUCAAGGAGUACGAGCGGGCCGUCGUCUUCCGGCUGGGACGCAUCCAAGCGGACAAAGCCAAAGGGCCAGGUUUGAUCUUGGUCCUGCCCUGCGUGGACGUGUUCGUCAAAGUUGAUCUCCGAACCAUUACCUGCAACAUCCCCCCGCAAGAGAUCCUCACCAGGGACUCGGUGACAACCAAGGUGGACGGCGUUGUCUACUACAGGAUCUACAGCGCCGUCUCGGCUGUGGCCAACGUCAACGACGUCCACCAGGCGACGUUCCUGCUGGCGCAGACCACGCUGAGAAACGUCCUGGGGACGCAGACCCUGUCCCAGAUCUUAGCUGGCCGGGAAGAGAUUGCCCACAGCAUCCAGACUUUGCUGGAUGACGCCACGGAGAUGUGGGGGAUCCACGUGGCGCGUGUGGAGAUCAAGGAUGUCCGCAUCCCCGUGCAGCUGCAGCGGUCCAUGGCGGCGGAGGCCGAGGCCACCCGUGAGGCCAGGGCCAAGGUGCUCGCCGCCGAGGGAGAGAUGAACGCCUCCAAGUCGCUGAAGUCGGCCUCCCUGGUGCUGGCCGAGUCCCCGCUGGCCCUGCAGCUGCGCUACCUGCAGACGCUGACCACGGUGGCCGCGGAGAAGAAUUCCACCAUCGUGUUUCCUCUGCCCAUGAACCUCCUGGAGGGCAUCGGCGGCAUCGGCUGGGAGGCCCCCAAGCCGGCCCCGAACCGGGCGUGAGCCGCUGCACGGGGCGCCCCGGCGUUCUCAGGGAGCCGGUGUCUCGGGCUGCGGUGCCCAGAGCGAAAACGAGGGCUGGGGCCUUUCGUUCUUCAGAACUCAACUCCUUUGCAGUGCUCGUACAGUGACUAGUUAAUAGUUGUCUGAGUUUUGGCAGAAACUUUCUUACAGUAGGGAAGGACAUUUUUGGGUGACGGGGGCUAAAAUUUCAGAAUAACUUUUUAAUUGUUCUAAGAAUCACUCCAAAUAGUUUGUAAAGGAACAUAGGUCUCAUAUUUCUAUUAGACAUCUGCUCUAUCAGUCCAAGUUAAUUAUUUGCUAAGUCUCUUAUGAUCACCAAAAAACACCAUAAUGAUUUAAAUUGUGAUUAAUUUUGCUGUUGAAGAUGAAACUGGGAUGGAGGCUUCUGGUGGCAAAGUUGCUGAUGUCCAGCCCUGGCCGUCUUCUUUCCUGCAGGGAGUGCGGCCAGUUCACAGCCUCGGGGGGACAGCGGGCAGUGGGGGGACAGCAGGUGGCGAGGGGACAGCGGGAGAGCUCCGGGCCGUUACAGGAGAGUGUGCUCGUGAAAGUUCUCGUUGGAUCCACCGGGGAACAUCCUCUGUGGAUUUCAUGUUUUCACUCUACUGUUCCCCAGAGUCACACAUGACCAAGAAUGUUUGUAAACUCAACCAAAAAAAAAAAAAAAUUAAAAAUAAAGAAGCCAUAGAA